GCCGCGUGGUGCCGGGUGCUGCAGCGGGAGCUGCGGCUCCGCGCGCUGCGGGAGGGCCAGCUGCCCAGCGUGGCCAGCGCGGCCAAGCUCCUGUCCACCAUGCUGUCCGGCUACCGCGGGCUGGAUCUGUGCGUGGCCACCACGCUGUGCGGCUGGGACCGCUCUGGGCCCGCGCUCUUCUACGUGUACAGCGACGGCACCCGCCUGCCAGGGGACGUCUUCUCCGUGGGCUCCGGCUCUCCCUACGCCUACGGCGUGCUGGACCGCGGCUACCGCUACGACAUGAGCACCCAGGAAGCCUACGCCCUGGCCCGCCGCGCGGUGGCCCACGCCACCCGCCGGGAUGCCUACUCGGGAGGCUCUGUCGACCUUUUCCAUGUGCGGGAGAGCGGAUGGGAGUACGUGUCACGCAGCGACGCCUGUGUGCUGUACAUGGAGCUGCGGGUGUCCCCGGAACCAGCCCUGGAGGGUGAGGCCAGCCAGGCCCCGCCCGAGCCCGUCACUCCUCACGGAGCUGAGGAAGGCGGAGAACUCCCUGCGGGCCCAGGGGAGGUGGCACUAGAAGACUCGAAGAUGCCAGCAGAGACUGAGAGGCUGUGAGAAGUGGCAGGGCUCGGAAACCCAGGCUGAGGGAGUGGGGCAGCGGGCAGGGGGCGGCUUUGCUGGGAGCAGCCUAACACCUUGCUGCAGCCCUCCUGGGUUGCCUGCUUCAUUUGUUACCAGUCCCCACCCUUUCUGCCUCUGAGAGCUAUUGAUGGUUCUGUCCAACAUGUGCCUGUUGAUGCCC